UUUCACUCAACUGAGUCUCUAAAUUUUCUUUAAACUUUGAUAAAGUCAUCAGGCUACUUCUGUUAGGUAUCAUUUUAAUAAUCUGCAACAAAGAAAAUGUAAAUUAUGCACAACAUAAAAUCCCUUAAUUGCAGGGGUUUAUAUUUUGGAUGGUUUCCUCCCCAUAUACAGUAUUGGAACAUCUCAUCCGAAAGAUAUCAAAUUGUUUACGCAUAAAAAGCCAGACGUAGAAGAGUUGUACGCAGUGUCAUUAGAAGUGGACGUAAAAAAUUCUACAAGAUAUUUAGUAAUUUAUAGAUUUAUUGUAAGUUUGAUUUAACGCGUUACGAAUUACUUUGUAAGUAUAAAAACAUUUUCAUUUGUAAUAGGAAACAAAAUUUUCAAAAAUAAUAUCUAGAAUAAUACAGACUGGUUACAAAUUAGCAGUUCAUACAACCCCCAUGUUCUCUGUAAUUGUUAUAAUUGGGGAAGGAGAGAUUAGCGAAAAGCUUGUAGAAAAACCUGGGGUUUACGUUUUCGAUUUAGAGGAGAAACUAACGAAAAUCCAGGGCCUAGAUAUUCCAUAUGCUUCUGAUGUUUCAUUAUGGGUCCAAAACAGGAACUUGUUCUUAGGGAUAAGCCGCAAAAUGUCGUUGACGCAAGAUAAAAAAAUUAAUUUUGAAGUUUACAGUCCGAUGUAUCAAUGGAAAGGGAGUCACUUUGAUAUGGUUCAAAAAAUAAAAACAUAUAACGCCCAAAAGGUUUUGCCUUUUUCAAUAUGGGAUUCCCAUUAUUUAAUUUAUGCCGAUCGUAGAAAUAAUAAAGGUGAAUCAAACAUUUUUUCGGAAUUGUACAAGUACGACAUUCACUCAGGCCAGUAUGUCCUCCAUCAAAAAAUUUUAACUUACGGCGUGAAGGAUGUGAAGCAUUUUUGCUUUUUUCAACGCAAUAUGAAAGAAGAUUUCUUAAUCAUUACAAACUCUAAUAACACUGAGACAAAAACCUUGAUACUCAAGUUUGUGGAUGAUUAUUUUCUUCCAUUUCAACACAUUGAAAACUUGGAAAGAGUGAAAGAAUGGCUUCCAGUUAUCGUAAGUCCAAUUUCUUUUGUAAGAAACACACACAAGGAAUUGAAUAAUAAAAAUAUUUAAGGGUGAAAAUGGUUCUUUUGCACUGCUUGCAGUA